UAAAAAUAAAAUAGUAGAGAUGUCGGAUAUAGAGACUGGAAGAAGAAGUGAAGGGAAAAAGAAGAAGAAGGGAAAGAAAUCUAAGGAUGAUAAGGGAGCUAUUAAGGAUAUUGCACUGCCAGAUAACUUUAAGGAGUAUGGAGUCCCUACAGAUGUGGGAAAUAGGCUAGUGACUUUCUCUGAUGUGGAUAGAUCUGUCUGGGAUGGUAUAACUGAAGUACCUUAUCUACCCACACCUUGGAAUUUUAUUCUUUGUAUCCUAAAUUGUGUAAUCCCAGGAUUGGGUACUUUAAUAUCAAGUAUCUGGGCAGACCCCUGUUCCAAAACUCAAGCUGUAAUCGGACUCCUUCAAUUCUGUCUUGCUUAUGUAUUUAUUGGAUGGAUCUGGUCUAUUGCUUGGGCAUUUUUGCUCAUCAAGAAGUCGUUCAGUGAAGAAAAGCAAAUAACAUCAAUGAAGACUUUGUUAAUUGAAGCUGGUAAGAAGAGAAGUGAUGAUCCUGAUGAUAACCAUGACAGAGGUAAGAAAUCUAAAUCCAAGUCUAAGAGCAAGAAGUAAAGACCACAUAAC